GGCUGGUCGACUGCAUUAUACCAAGGAUACAGACAGGAGAGGAAACUAUAAGACAGUGUGUUUGCUGCAGCUCAGCGGUUUCACGUCAAUGUAUCCUGUCACGCUGAUAUGUUGACAUGAUCCUAUAGUUCUACAUGACUUCUGUCUUUAACCGGACAAUAUGAGGAUUUAUUCGGUCUGCAUGUUAUGUUCAUUAAUUAUAUCAUCAACCGCAAGUGACACAGGCGUUCAACCCAUUGUGGCCUUAGUUGGUGAUGACGUCAUCCUGCCUUGCACCCUGAGAGACACCGUCAGUGCUGUGUAUCAGUCAGUAGAGUGGCAGAGACCGGACCUAAAACCAAAAGAGGUCCAUCUUUACAGAGAUGAGAAGGACGAUCUUGUGCUCCAGAAUCCAGUCUUCAGGGGAAGGACGUCACUGUUUAAAGAAGAACUAGAGAACGGCAACACUAGUUUAAAGUUGACCAGAGUGAAACUCUCUGAUGCUGGUAACUACACCUGUUACAUUCCACUGCUGAACCACCAGAAAACCAUCAUUCAACUCCUUGUUGGUGCUGUGUCCAGACCAGUUAUCAUCAUUGAGGGAAUGGAAGGCGAUGAGGUGGUCCUGCGGUGUGAGGCUGAAGGCUGCUACCCAGAGCCUGUCAUGGAGUGGUGUGACGCUCAGGGACGUGUCCUCCCUGCUGCUGGACCUACAGAGACGUCCAGAGACCGUGAAGGCUGCUACACUGUGACAAGCCAUGUCAUCGUCCCGAAGUCUGACAACAACACCUUCACCUGUCGCGUUCAACAGUUGGAGAUCAAACACAUGAAGGAGAGACAGGUUCAUGUUCCAGAUCAAAUGUUUCCUAAGACCUGCUGGCUGACAGUUCCUGUCACAGUUCUUGUAGCAGUUCUUGUUGAAGCUGUAGCUGGAGGUCUCUACCUGUUGAUGAAAAAAUGGAUAUUGACCUUCAGAAAGGAGGCGUGGACGUCAUUAAUGAAGAACAAGGAGACGACGAAGAAUGAGGAAGAUGAGGCCAGUGUUCUCAGUCUGUCAUCGGUUUAAAUGUGAAAUGAUCUAUAAUAAUAGUAUUAUGUGCCAUUUAACAGACAUGUUUGGAUGGUCCCAGGAAUCAAACCCACUAUCCUGGAGUUACAAGGACCUUACCUAUGACUACAUUUCGUUGUAUCCAAUUGUUAGUAUUUACUAUCUUGUCUCAUCGCUACAUCUCCCGUACGGGCUCGGGAGAGACUAAGGUCGAAAGCCAUGCAUCCUCCGAAACACAACCCAACCAAGCCGCACUGCUUCUUAACACAGCGCGCCUCCAACCCGGAAGCCAGCUGCACCAAUGUGUCGGAGGAAACACCGUGCACCUGGCGACCUGGACAGCGCGCACUGCGCCCGGCCCACCACAGGAGUCGCCAGUGCGCGUUGAGACAAGGAUAUCCCUACCGGCCAAACCCUCCCUAACCCGGACGACGCUGGGCCCAUUGUGCGUCGCCCCAUGGCGGCCGGCUUUGACAGAGCCUGGGCGGAACCCAGGGUCUCUGGUGGCACAGCUAGCACUGCGAUGCCUUAGACUACUGCGCCACCCUGGAGGCCCCCUAUGUGCCAUUUAACAGACAUGUUUGGAUGGUCCCAGGAAUCAAACCCACUAUCCUGGAGUUACAAGGACCUUAACUAUGACUAUAUAGGAAUAUGCAUAUAUUUACAUUUUAGUCAUUUAGCAGACGCUCUUAUCCAGAGCAACUUACAGGAACAAUUAGGGUUAAGUGCCUUGCUCAAGGGUACAUUGGCAGACUUUUCAUCUUGUUGGUUCAGGGAUUUGAACUAGUGACAUUGGUUACUGGCCCCACGCUCUUAACCAUUAGUCUACCUGCCACUCCAUAUAUGGCACUAGUCUACCUGCCACUCCAUAUAUGGCACUAGUCUACCUGCCACUCCAUAUAUAGCACUAGUCUACCUGCCACUCCAUAUAUAGCACUAGUCUACCUGCCACUCCAUAUAUAGCACUAGUCUACCUGCCACUCCAUAUAUGGCACUAGUCUACCUGCCACUCCAUAUAUAGCACUGUGUCAGAAGCAUUAGUUCUUUAUAUCAGACAUCUUUGGUGUAGUUUAUGUAGUCUGUAAUAGGUGCUGAUUUAUUUGACAGGGACAAUGCAUAUAGUGAAAGGACCAGCUAUUGCAUACAGAAGCAAUCAAUGCCUGGCUGAGUUGGUGAGAGACUUCUGUAUUGUCGGGGUCGCGACAGAGGUCACACGUAGGGAGUUGCAGAAGGGACAGUCUUAUCAGGCUCUUCUCAGGUACUAAGAUUUGUCUCUGGGGUCGUAAUGACCUUUAACUGUGCCAGUAAUCUGGAGGCUGAGUUGGUGAGAGACUUCUGUAUUGUCGGGGUCGCGACAGAGGUCACACGUAGGGAGUUGCAGAAGGGACAGUCUUAUCAGGCUCUUCUCAGGUACUAAGAUUUGUCUCUGGGGUCGUAAUGACCUUUAUCUGCCAAAAUCACCAGGUGCUCUUCUCUAUUACCUUAAAGGUAGACUAGAGAAGAAUGGGAGAAACUCCCCAAAUACAGGUGUGCCAAGCUUGUAGCGUCAUACCCAGGAAGACUCAAGUCUGUAAACGCUGCCAAACGAAGUACUGAGUAAAGGGUCUGAAUACUUUUGGAAAUGUGAUUUCUAUUUUUUUUUGCAAAAAUGUCUAAAACCUGUUUUUGCUUUGUCAUUAUGGGGAAUUGUGUGUAGAUUGAAGAAAAAAAAAACGAUUUAAUCCAUUUUAGAAUAAGGUUAUAAAUGUCAAAAAUGUGGGAAAAGUCAAGGGGUCUAAAUACUUUCUGAAUGCAGCAGGGGGAUUCGAUCCAGCAACCUUUCGUUUACUGGCCCAACGCUUUUCUCGAGGCGACCUGCCGCCUCAUGGCUCUAUGUAGUAAGGUGUUCGCAAUGGGCUUAUAUGAUAAACUUAGCACACAAUAUAUACAGCUAGCAAAAGGUAAUAACUUAGCACGCUAGGCUAGCAGGCUGAAUAUAUAGCAAUAAUAAAACCAGCACCAUUAGUGGUAGGGAGUUAGCAUGCUGUGUGGCUAACAAUGCUAAUAUGUAAACAGACAGCCAUCUUGGUAGAGGUUCGUAUGAGGAAGUGACCGGGUGUGAUGACUUCACCGAUCGGCCAUACUGGUUGUGUAAGAAUGAUCGCCUGGUAGCCAUCUUAGACACAACCACCAAUGGAAGGCCUGAAUACUGUUCUGUACCCAGAACUAUGCCAAGAGGAUAGAUAAACAGGAUAAGCAGUAUGGAUAGUAACCAUACAUGAAUUACUGGCAUAUAAACACUGGUUAAGGCAUGUAUUACAGAAGCACGUCUGUUGUAGAUAUCUUCUCUGUAACGCUUUAUGCACUGCGCUGACAUGCAUGAUUGUUGAUCAUGUUCAGAAGAAGGCAAUUAAAUAGUCUACUGUACACAGCGCACCACAGCAGCCUCAACUCUGACAGCUGUGUAGCUGCUGGUCAAGUCCUUCAGAGACUUUAUCACUCAGGAUGGACCUUUUCUCUGCUACUGUUUUUACCAUGUAAUGUAAAACAUCACCCUAUAUACCCUAGAACAAUAGUGUAUUUACCUAGUCGGCUUGUUGUCGUGUGUUGGAGGAAUAUUCCUCUUGAGAUGCAUUCACGUUGCAAUAUGUAGCGUAGAGAAAUGUAUUCUGAUGAGCAGUCAAAGCACAACAACUCAUAAUGAAGGAGAGCAGUUUUUACAGAUCUAGAAGCACAACAACUCAUAAUGAAGGAGAGCAGUUUUUACAGAUCUAGAAGCACAACAACUCAUAAUGAAGGAGAGCAGUUUUUACAGAUCUAGAAGCACAACAACUCAUAAUGAAGGAGAGCAGUUUUUACAGAUCUAGAAGCACAACAACUCAUAAUGAAGGAGAGCAGUUUUUACAGAUCUAGAAGCACAACAACUCAUAAUGAAGGAGAGCAGUUUUUACAGAUCUAGAAGCACAACAACUCAUAAUGAAGGAGAGCAGUUUUUACAGAUCUAGAAGCACAACAACUCAUAAAUGACUCAUAAUGAAGGAGAGCAGUUUUUACGGAUCUAGAAGCAAAACAACUCAUAAUGAAGGAGAGCAGUUUUUACGGAUCUAGAAGCACAAGCAUUUCGCUACACUCGCAAUAAUAUCUGCUAUCCACGUGUGUGACCAAUACAAUUUGAUCUGCAAUGUAUGUGAGGCCUUUGAGACAUCAUACUAGAUAUGUUGACUUGCUGGUCAAGGGAAAUGCAAGUGUUACUUCUUUGAGUUGCUGAGUCAGAGGCCUGAAUACUGAAUACUUGUGGGAUAUUAAUGAAUGUGAACUCAGCAACCGUAAUUCCAGAACAGUCCCACUGUUGUAAUGGUGUGAUGUGUGUCUUCUGACAGACUCUAUGCUGAGUAAAGUCAUGUUUUUAUCCUAAAACGUUUUUCUACCAGAACCAAAGUGUGUCUCUGAAAACCUAUUUAAAUCAGUCUGUCCUGACUCAGCUCAACAGUCUCCAGUCUACCAACUGGUCUCUAAUAACUAUUUAAAUCAGUCUGUCCUGACUCAGCUCAACAGUCUCCAGUCCACCAACUGGUCUCUGUAAUAACUAUUUAAAUCAGUCUGUCCUGACUCAGCUCAACAGUCUCCAGUCUACCAACUGGUCUCUGUAACUUCAUCUUUGUCUCUGUGGUGUACAGUCUUCAGGUGAUGAUGGGGGUAUUGAAUCAUCUCUCUACUCUCCUCCUUCUCUCUCUCCUUCCUCCUGCUCUCUCUGAGUAAAGUCAUGUUUUGUCCACCUCUUUAGUGAACAGCUCUUUUUUCAAUAGGGGACCACUGCUCUUUUUUUCUAAAUCAGCCUUUGGAUUCCUUGCACCUUGCGUUUGGAACGAUCUACAAUGCACUUAAAUGGGAGGCAUUGGUGUCUCUGGGGCAUUUGACAGUUGUUAGGGGACCUUUUUAUUGAAGAAUGUAUUUUUCUGUGAUCGUGUUUUUCAUGUAUUUUAAUGUGUAGUUUGUAUUGUAUUGUCACCUGGAAAAGAGACCUGUCAGCAUUAACUUCCUGUCAAAAUAAAUGUUUUAGGUGAACGGAGACAAAUGAUCCGGCUCACAGAAGACUGCCCAUCACUACACAACAGAGGGGAUAUUACCAUAUUUUAUCAUAUAAAUGGAGAAAAAAAACAUUACUUUUUUGAGUGAAUAAUAAUUAGUCAUUAUUUAUAAUAAUACCAAUCAGGAAGUGUCCAAUUUUUUGAGAUGAACUGAACUGUAGUCUAAACGAGAUACACACUGAGCUGUUGUCUAAAUGAGAUACACACUGAGCUGUUGUCUAAAUGAGAUACACACUGAGCUGUUGUCUAAACGAGAUACACACUGAGCUGUUGUCUAAACGAGAUACACACUGAGCUGUUGUCUAAAUGAGAUACACUGAGCUCUUGUCUAAAUGAGAUACACACUGAGCUGUAGUCUAAACGAGAUACACACUGAGCUGUUGUCUAAAUGAGAUACACACUGAGCUCUUGUCUAAAUGAGAUACACACUGAGCUGUAGUCUAAACGAGAUACACACUGAGCUGUUGUCUAAACGAGAUACACACUGAGCUGUUGUCUAAAUGAGAUACACACUGAGCUGUAGUCUAAACGAGAUACACACUGAGCAUCAAUGCCCCCUACAAUAGGGGCUGUUACUGCAUCAAUGCCCCCUACAAUAGGGACUGUUACUGCAUCAAUGCCAGCUACAAUAGGGGCUGUUACUGCAUCAAUGCCCCCUACAAUAGGGACUGUUACUGCAUCAAUGCCCCCUACAAUAGGGACUGUUACUGCAUCAAUGCCCCCUACAAUAGGGACUGUUACUGCAUCAAUGCCCCCUACAAUAGGGACUGUUACUGCAUCAAUGCCCCCUACAAUAGGGACUGUUAUUGCAUCAAUGCCCCCUACAAUAGGGACUGUUACUGCAUCAAUGCCCCCUACAAUAGGGACUGUUACUGCAUCAAUGCCCCCUACAAUAGGGACUGUUACUGCAUCAAUGCCCCCUACAAUAGGGACUGCUACUGCAUCAAUGCCCCCUACAAUAGGGACUGUUACUGCAUCAAUGCGCCCUACAAUAGGGGCUGUUACUGCAUCAAUGCCCCCUACAAUAGGGACUGUUACUGCAUCAAUGCCCCCUACAAUAGGGACUGUUACUGCAUCAAUGCCCCCUACAACAGGGACUGUUACUGCAUCAAUGCCCCCUACAAUAGGGACUGUUACUGCAUCAAUGCCCCCUACAAUAGGGACUGUUACUGCAUCAAUGCCAGCUACAAUAGGGACUGUUACUGCAUCAAUGCCCCCUACAAUAGGACGCCCUGGAGGUUUUGUAACAUUCUUGUGUAAUUUCGGCAAAAUCUAGAAGGUGGCAAUUUCAGGGUGUUGAACGGUGAUUUGACCAGAACUUAAAUACCCAUCUAGGACAGUAAGGAUAGUAUUCUGAAAUUGGGAGGUGGGUCACUUCUGAGUUUCUUGUAAAAGGUGUUGUCAAGCAGCUGUCUAUGACCCUCAUUUACAUAAACUGUCCUAUCCAUGAGUACAACUGAUCCGCCCUUAUCAGCAGGGAGGGUAAGGACCGACUAUCGGAUUGUUUAAUCAAGCAAAGCUUGUUUAUCAUCCUGAGGUAAAUGAUGGUAAGAGAUGUUCUCCUGUUUGUUCUCCUGUAGAUUAACACCAAAGAGAUUGUGAUUGGCUGGUGGUACUAAAUACCUCUUACUUCUAAAAGGGGUCUGAGUACGUGCAGGUGUAACAGAUGUAUAUGUGCUCUCCAUGCGUUGUGUUUUCUCAAAAUAAAUCACUUCGGCCAGUG